AUGUCGUCUUGUGGUGUGGCAUUUUCCGGCGGUGGCAUGCGAUCCGCAGCCCUUUGCUCGGGCGUUUUACGCUACUUGCUUCAACACAAAAUCGUUUUCGAUUAUUUGAGUUGUGUUUCUGGCGGUGGCUUUACAGGAGCAGCUUAUCUCGACUGGAAAUAUCGUCAUAAUCAACAAGACAGCUCAGAAUGGCAUCAUGAGUUCUUUAAUCAUCUUCGAAGGCGAUGUGGAAUUUUUUGUUCCUGGGGAAACCCUUUGAUCGGAAUCAUUGACGCCGUCAUACUAAUUCUUCUCUGCGUUGUAGUAGCAAUCAUUCUUCCAGCUUUCACUUCGCUGGCAUUUGCAUUUCCCACGGCCUUUGCCGUGGACUUUCUUUUCGGAGAUAUUCUCCGCGCUGGAUUCCACUGUCCUACAACUAGCACAAAUUCUUCUUUCUCAAAUCCAGUAACUGAAAACAAAGGCUGUACUUUAGUACCCAAUGGCAGUCAAGAUGAAACCUUUGUAUUAUUCGGAGCUCUGUUUGCAACUUCAGGCGGACUGUAUGUCUUGAAAUUUCUUUUUCGACCUUGUCGUUCCUCCAUCCACAGUAAACUCGAGUUGUUGUAUUUCAUUUCUUGCUCUCUUUUCCUCAUGACCUUUUUACCCUGGUUUUUCGAGGUCUUUUUGCGAGCUCAGACCUCCGUUUAUGUAAACGGUUUUAUUUUACUCGGCAGCGUCUUUUUGUGGCUUGGCUUUCCACCGCUACGUAACGCCGCGUCUUUGGCGCUGUUGGUGUAUGCUUACGCCUACACGACAAAAUGGAGAGUGUAUCGGAGUCCAGUGCUUAUGUUCAGUUACUCAGAAGACACGUUUUAUAAGGCUUUGCUUGGAUCCGCAGUUCUCUUGUGGAUAUCACCUUUCUUGGGAAUGAUCAAAAUGGCCGCUGUUCACACCUACGGCAGGUAAGCCACUCAAAGUCUAGCAUGUAGAACGGACGUUAGUUUUUCGCUUUUUUGUAGGCGAGCGAAGGCAAGGGCGAGGCAGCGUGGAGCGCGGGACACGGCGAUGGGGAAUUCUUUCCCAGACCCUCCCUUCACGUGUGCCUUGUGCUCCACGCCUACCACGCUUUGCCUAUACUUGCAGGAGAAACCAUUGAAAGUCAAUCGAAGAGAGUGGAAUGUUUUCGUUUUGCUUCGUUCUAUCACACUUCGACACACCAUUCAAAUAUAGAAAUGUUUUGGCCUCCUUUGCACACAAACCAGCACAAGCGAUUACUUUACCAAGUAGAACCCAAGUAAUAGCGAUAAUCCUUUUUCCCUGUAGAUCUUUUAGUCGUUGAGCAAAAGCCAAAUAACGUAUUCCAUUUCAGCCUUAGCCGACGGAGAUUUUCUCAAACACUUCAAAGUUCUUUGCAUUGCUAAAAAUUAUCCCAAUGCCUUAUCAGGUUAGUGGAUACUCAUUUCCUACUUUCUGUUUUUUUUUAAAGAUGGCGUUUGCAGAAGGCAUUCUUCUUUCCUGAGAGAACACGGCGCCUAGGGUGCGCUGGGAUAUCAGUGAAUGAUUGUAUACCGUUUUGCUCAUGCGCAGAGGUUUCUGAGUGGGAAGAACUGGAGAAGGGAUAUGUUACUCUAGGUAUGUAUUAAUGUCAUAGGAGAAAGGCUUCCGCCUUCGUUUUUCUUAUAAAUUAGUAGCAAGUGUUGCCUAGUCCCAAGGCCUCAUUAUUCCGCGCGUUUUAGGUCACGUGGUCCGAGCGAUACCCUUGACUGAGAAGGCCUGGGAAAACGCCGUACAGGGAUUAGGCAACACCAAGUGUACAAAUGAAGUGGAUGGAAAGAUUCUGGCUAGUUAUUAUGGGUAAUUAUAGGUUAACAUCGCAUAGUGUUUGCUGAAAUAAUGAAAUAGUGCAAGAAUAAAGACUAGAUUUCGAGCAGUCCCCCAGGAUCGUAGCGCAGCUAAGCAAGUGAAGAGCGAGCGGACGAGAAAAACAGGUGCGGCCUCGGGCCUCCCUCCAGUUUUCCUCUUGAUUCGUUCGCUCUCCCUUAUUUGGACAAGCUUCGAACGUGAAUGGCAGAAAAAGGAAUGCUCGACGUCUGAAAGAAGAUGAAAAUAAAGCUCAGAGCCGAGUUUCAGUGGAGCAUAGCUGGUGAGCUGAUUUGCGCCUGAGAAAAUAAAAAACCGAAAAAAAAGUACAGCACGGGUUUAGAUUGGUGGUAAACUGAAGAGUAUAGAAGUCGAUUACAUUAGUUGUUAGUGGUACUGCAUAUAUAAGCUCAAUUCUAAUGUCUUACAUCAGGUGAUCUUGCUGGAAUGAAACCGGUAUAUCUAUGCAAUACAGUCGUGAACAACUGGCGAAAGGAACGCAACAUCGCUAACACUGGUCACGAUGCGGAAGCUUUUGAACUUCUUACCCUCUCCCCCACGGGCAUAGAACGACUGGAUGAGGACCCAGACGAACACAGCAGCUUCGCAGGUUGAGUUAUCUCGAUAAUCAAGUUCCAUACCAUGACAUUUUGAAACAACGGGUUCUGUCUUAUUAGAAAAUUUUAGUUCUCGAUUAUGAGAGCCACGGCGCGCAGCACACUAGUCUUUGAGUUUCCUUUGGUUCCUUGGGUGUCCUGUUGCUAUGCAGGCGUUACAAACUGGUUUUACGUUUGUCAGGAUGCAUUUCAGCAAGUAUGUCCAGCGGUGUCAUCAUAGCCUAAUUUCAAAUCGUAAUACUUUUAUCACGUUAUUCUGAAUGGCGCUAAGUCUCGCGAAAUAGGGAGUUUUAAAGCCCCGACGACGGCGGCGGAAGCAAAAACGUCUCUUUAUAAAUGAAUUCGCGCUUUUUCAAACUUUUUUGCGUUUAUUCCAAUUCGCUUGAAAUGUCAAAAGAGAGCAAAUUUCCCUGGGGCUGAUUUUUUGGGGACCACACUAAAGUUUAAAAAGAGAAAGGGUGCGUUCGAUUGGGAAUUGAAAUUUGGAUUUAGAUUUUAAAAUCCGGAUUCCGGAUUUGCAAUCGAACGCAAAAUUCGAAAACGGCCGUAUUUUCAACGCUGAGAUAUGUGUUCUUGAAUUUCCUUUCUUUCCGUUUUUUUUUGGGGGUAAAUCAGAAAAAGGAUUUGAAAAAUAGUUCUAAAGAACAGCGUCUUCGAAUUUUCCAAUCGAACAAUAAAAAGGAAAUCAAUGAAAUCGGGAUUUGGAUUUCUUAAUAAAAACCCACCGUGAAGACGGAUUUCAAGGAGGUGAAAUCCGUUUUCGGAUUUCGCGUUCGAUUGCAAAAAAUCCAAAAUCAGGAUUUCAAAAUCUAAAUCAGGAUUUCGCAAUCGAACGCAACCAAAGAAAAAUUCGUCGUCGCUUGUUUACGUCCUCCAUAAAACGUGAAGUUUUUUUCACGUCGAAUUUGUGCAGAGACGUCAGAGAAAUGUUUUGCUUUACAAUAAGCCUAUUGCGUUUUUGACGUUCUCGUUGCUGUCGCCGUCGCCGUUGCUAAGGCUCCAUAAAGGCGCGCGAAAUAGUUACAAAUUUCCUGGUUUCAAUUAAGACCCAAAUCACACUCGUGAGUGCAGAAUUGAACUCCCUUGUAUGUCCUUUAUUGCCCAACUAUUGAUUGACCCAAUAAUAGGGUCCGUAAUUAGCAAAAUUUGUGGUCAGUCUACCUUUUCUCAAAUGAUGUUUUACUGCCCAGCAUCUGCUCGCAGCAUCAUUUAUAGAUCAAUAUCAUACCUGUAUGUUAUUGACAAUAAUUGGUGCAUCUGAUAAUGCAAGAACUACCCUUUGACUAUUCGUCCUUUCAUAGGUAAAAUUCACCCACGUGAUCUGAAGUUGUCUGACGUCACGGCUACAUCAGCAGCUGCCUUAGCACUCUACAUGGGAGUGUAUGACGUUAGAACCGAGGCAGUGAGAAAGCUACAAAUGGUGCUUGGUAUCCAUUUCGGCAAAGCCCUUGUAUCUGAUCCAAGCGAAGACGUAGCAGGAUCGACAUUUUCAUAUUGCAGGGUAGGGUUUAUGUUCUUUGUAUUGAUAACUUUCGCUCGCGCGUGUUUCUGGAAUAAAAGUACACGAAGCACGUGCAAAGUUGUUGUUUUGCUAAUCUAACCUAUUGCAUUUUUGCCGUUUUCUUUGACGUCGCCGUCGUCGUUGCUAAAGCUCCCUAAAGAGGCGUCUACGGAGGUGAGAGAGCCUGCAGCUUAGAAGGUGUCCAAUAGGAUUUUCGGGAUCCGAGAUUUGGCUGAAUUGACGUUCGGGAUUCGGGAUUUCAGAGGAAAUGGGGACUGAGAUUCAGGAAUUUAAGGACGAGUCAGAAAAUGUGGGAUUUGUUGGUGUUUUUCGAUGGGGAUUCGAUAAAUGUUGUUUUAAAGAGCAGAGAUCUGUUAGAAUGGUAAGCUUCUAUUGGCAAAAGUGUUCAGCAUGCCGAAGCUAAACGAUUUUUUCUCUGGCUUUUAGGUAUAUUUUUACUGUCAUUAUCCUGCCGAUUUGUUCUCUCUUUUUUGACAUAUUAAAUUUGUUGCACGUAGACAUCUCAGAAAAUUGUCAUAUUGCAGCGAGGCUAUGAUUUCUAACAAUUCCCUCUAGUGUAUUACUUAAGGCCAAGAAAAGUAUGAUUAAAUCAAACAAGUUUGCUCUUUUCAGUUCCUUCCGGCCCUUAUUCAGAUGCUUAUCGUGGUUCCUGUCAUUCUACCACCGUUCCUUAGCAACCACUGGCACGUGAUCGUGGUUUCAUGGUACCUUGCCAUCCUAGUUUUAGUGCUGUUUAUUGCUUCUCUGUCAACUGGAAGUGAAAACGGUGGAUGUCUUGAUAAAUUUGUCAGGUAUUAGAAAUGGUCGCUACUUGACAACUAAUUGUAAUAGGGUUUUAACACGUGACUGGAAAAUAACGGGUGUGCUAGAGACUACGUAUAUACUCUGCUGUUGAUUUAGUGAUGAGUCUGCUUUAAGAAAAUACUCUCACUUUGAUGAAAAGUUCUCCAACAGACUACGCUGUUAUUUUAUACUAAAAAGACGUUUUUUUCAUAUUUCAGAUGGUGCACAGUCAACAUUUAUCACGUAAGAUUUGCUCGCCUUUUUCUGCAGACUAUCGAUGUCGGCCCAGUCCCUCCAGCCAUCCUCAACCUCAGCGACGGAGGUCACAUCGAGGGUCUGGGACUGCUAGCUCUUUUGAAAAAGAGGCUGAGAAAAAUUGUAGUCAUCGACGGGACCACCUCGGAGCAUGGCCAAAGGGUAUCAUCACAGCUAUUGCGCUCGCUUGAAUUGGCGCGAAAAAAGUUGAGGUGCUCGUUUAGCGCGAUGGACGACCGAGAUAUCACCGAAGAUCUCCGAAGCAAACUUGACGAAGUACCCCCUCGACACAAACCUAGGUUUUACAAGUUUAGGGUGGAGUACAAGAACAAAAAGGGAUAUACAGUGGAUAAUGAGCAAACUGGGACGGGAGAAAUAAUGCUGAUACUUCCUCGACAUCCUGACGAGGGUAUGUUAAUCUUUUACCUCUGGAUCAGAGUAAAAAUUCUCAUCUCUUGUCCCUAUAUGUCUGCAAGAGAAGAUUAAGAGAGCAGUAGACAGAACGUGUUAAAACUUAUCUGCGGAAAAAUCCGUAAAUCUGUAAUGAUCUGCGGAAAUCUCAGAUCUUGGUUAAUAAGUUAUUUGUCGCAUGGCCUUUUUAGUGGUAUACUCUGGAUAAUAUAAAACUCGCUCGCGCUGUCGCUCUCUUCGUCGCUCAUACUAAAGAAGUAUCGGUAUGCCAGUAUUUUUCUUUUAGUUAUUGAAAACAUAGUUAUACUUGGUCGGUAAUUUUAAAUGGCUGUUUCCGCCCUUGCACUCGUACCUUUUACUCACAACUCAAAAGAGCCGUCGAGCCGAGAAAAAUUUUCCUAAGGCCCAGUCAUUACAGAAAAAUCUUGCCCGCUCAGCAGCCAGUUAGAGCGUGCGUACUAUUGAAGCCAUAUAGAAUAACGAGUAAAACUUGCACUAUGCUGUUUCAGUACUCAUCAAGCUCAUAUAUGAGAAAAUAUGAUUACAGUCGGUAUUUUGUCUACAUAACGAAUACACCUUUAAACUGCACUUGAUCGAAUGUUAUUUUCUUUGUUUCUUUCUUUCAAGGCACUCCCUCCCCAAUAGGCUUAGCACGAUCGUGGGAAGAUUACACUCGUGACACCAAUCAGCCAAUGAGCGGAAAGAAGUGGGGCUCAGGACCCGACCUUGAGGCUGGAGAGGUUGAUCGACUCACAGGUUGUUGCUGCGAAUGCUGUCACGUGACAUGCUGGAGUGCUUGUUGCGGGUGAGUGUGAGCGACUAAGUGACGAGCGCGCGCAGCCUAGAAGAAUUUUUUAAAGUAUUGCUCAGUAGACACUGUGUAUGGCUCUUACGUCUUGCGCACGUAACAUAACACCGUGAAGCUUUUGGCGUUAGCUGAACUUGUGAUAUCUUGACACUCGGUAAAAUUCCCUAAUUACAAGGAAAGCUUCUAGCGGUUAUCGGCUCCUGCUUCUUGGUGUUGCGGGCGGACGGGUGCAGUUACCAAAUGACGUAAUACAAAAGAUUGAAAAGACACCACACAAUACCCACACACCAACACAAAAGCGAUCUAAUAAAGUUUUCCGCAACAUCAAGAAACACACAUUCCAGUUUAUCUCCAUUCAGCGUUUUUUCAGGGAAUGAAUCAUUCUAGAAAACGUUCGCAGAGUAACAGCCAGGACCGUUCGUCUAGCCGUCCGACAGAAGAAUCUAAAAAACCUGAAGACUAUAAACUGGCUGGAUACAGGGCUGUAAAUAGGAUAAAAUGGACGCUCCAGGGUUACGGCGACUGCCUGCGGCCAGUCGGGGGAGGGGGGUACUCCUAUAAUGGCCUAUACGGGAAGGUUCCGCCCGAACGGGGUACCUUUCUCAGGCUUCAGGUAUAACAAAGGGUAUAGGGAUUUCAUUAGUUGCAGUAUAUGAAAGGGUAGGAAAAUCCGUUAUUUCGAUUUGUAAACGGACCAAAAAGGGCUAUCAUACGCAUUUUAUGGACGUGAAAAAGGCAAGAAAGGUGCAUUUACAGCAGUUAAAAGAGUUGCAGUGUUUCAAACUAGGUCAUCAUCAUCAUCAUCAUUAUCAUCAUCAUCACUUGGUAUGGUAUGUGAAAGACGCGCAUUUACUCUGUGAAAGGUAUACGAAAGGGGUCUCUUUUCUGUCAAAAAUGCUAUAUAAAAGGGUAAGGGGUUGGACCUCGGGAAAGAGCCUCCCCGUAUAAAACUUCGUUGAGUAUUCUUUCCCCGGGCGCCUGUCGGUUAUAAGGGUUUGUCGACAUUGACGUAUACGACAUAUACCGCAUUGUCAUUGCAGGGUCUGUUGUGGAACUUUCCCGCACCACGUGACUCUGAAUCAGUUUUUCACGUCUGCAAUGUACAGUGCUUAUCACAGGGAAGGCUACCGCGCAUGUCUAGACGCUGAGAUAGAGCUUUUCUUCUCGGAUGUGGAGACUGGUGAAAAGAAAUAA